UUAGUGAAAAAGAGAACACAACAGAGACAUGGCGUCAUCUCGUUCUGGAGUGUUCUCUGCUCUUUUGCUCAUUUUCAUGGCUGCCUCCUCCACUACUGCAAGGCAAUUCCAGGUUGGUGACGACUUGGGCUGGCACCAACCUGACCCUCUUAACACUGAUUUUUACACUCAAUGGGCUGAAACAAACAGAUUCCAAAUCGGUGAUUCUCUCGCAUUUGAGUACCAGAAUGACUCAGUACUGACGGUAGAGAAAUGGGAUUACUAUCACUGUGAUGCGAGCGACCCCAUCACAGCGUUUGACAAUGGAAACAGUAUAAUCAAUCUGGACCGAGCUGGGCCCUUCUACUUCAUCAGUGGCAUUCAUGAUCACUGCAUCAACGGCCAGAGAUUGAUCGUCGACGUCAUGUCCCCACAUCCCGUCCCUGCAUCUCCGCCGUCCGUUUCCCCUGCUGCUGCCCCUCCACGGUCUCAAGUGGGGUCCUCACCUUCUUCUUCUUCUUCUUCUUCUUCCUCUUCUUCUUCUUCCCCACCAUCUUCUUCUCCUACUAACUCUGGCUCUGAGUCUGAGUUUCAUCUUCUGUGGUUCUCAGAUUAGAUUUUAUGGCUAUUCUGGUCGUUUUUGUUGUCAUUAUGAUUUGUGCUUAGGCCAUUAUUAGCGUUUCAUCUCCCAC